GCUGCUCCUUUAUAAAAAGAGCGCGUUAUCGCUACGAGACCCAAAGACACGCGUCCGACUUCUUCUUCUUCGGCUCUGCUCGCAAAGUCACUUUUCCGACGUUCUUACAAUAUACCAUUGUUGUACUUGCUUACCUGUUGGUCGGUUGGGCGAGACGACGCUCCGUGCACCAGUUCCUCUUUGACUAAAUCAGCCGAUCCAGCAAUGGCCCGAAGCUCCAAGCUCAUGGUGGCGAUUUUGCUCGUCGCCCUGUUGUCGUUGGUGUCGGCCAAGCCUAGUUACUUCGGAGGUCUGGGAUACUACGGAGGUCUCGGCUACUACGGCUAUCCGUCCUACUACCGGUACCCCUACUUUGGCUACGGUGUCGGAUAUGGCUAUGGCUAUGGAUACGGCUACCCCUACUACGGAUACGGUGGAUACUUGAUUUAACGAGAGCUCCGACGAAUCCUUCAGCAAACAUGUCCAUCGUAAUGAGCCCGACACGCCUCGACCCUCGGCUGCAGUCCGACACGAUUGACGAGUCACGCAAAACCAACCUCUGAGCUUCCUUUUUUUUUUUACAUACCUGUCUUCUGUUGUUUGCACAAUAUCGCUUCAUUUUGU